AUGGCGGCGUUUGAAGACAUCAUGACGGACUACGCUCUCAAGUAUAUCUACAUCGGCAUUGCAGUGUUUCUCGUCACCUACAUUCACAUCACAUUUUUACAAAUAUCAUGUGAGAGACAAACACUCAAGUUGAGGUGCCAGUUUUUCCAAGCUUUGCUGAGAAAAGAUAUUGGCUGGUUCGACAAGCAACAAAGUGGAGAGCUAUCCGCGCGACUUGCCGACGACCUGGAGAGGGUCAAGGAGGGUACAGGGGACAAGCUUGGACUAGCCGUCCAGUUCCUGGCUCAGUUCGUGGCCGGAUUUGUCGUCGGCUUCAUCCGCGGCUGGAAGCUGACCUUGGUAAUGAUGUCCUUGACCCCGGUGUUGGCUAUCAUUUCCGGGAUUUUAGGACGGCUGGUGGCCACCUACAGCGCCAGAGAGCAGCAGCUGUACGCCAGCGCUGGAGCCAUCGCCGAAGAGGUCAUCUCCUGCAUCAGAACGGUCAUCUCGUUUAACGGGCAUUCUCGGGAACUGCACAGAUACGGCGUUGCCUUGGAGGGAUGCAAGAAGUUGGGGAUAAGAAAAUCUGUGUUUGCGGGCCUUAGCGUGGGUUUGUUGUUCCUGGCUAUGUUCGCAGCCUACGGACUGGCCUUCUGGUUUGGCUCUACCCAGGUGAACGACUACUACAACAGUAAUGGAGAAGAUGGCCUGUCCCCCGGCGCCAUCCUGAGCGUGUUUUUCUGUGUCAUGGCCGGAUCGUUUGCACUAGGAGGUGCUUCGCCUCACAUCACCUCGAUCCUCACAGCCAAAGGAGCUGCAGGAACUAUCUACUCAAUCAUCGAAGAUCAACCAGUAAUUGAUUCGUCAAGUCGCCAUGGCCAGAUACCCACAGAGAUCAAAGGCCAUAUUCAGUUUAGAAACGUGGAAUUUGCUUACCCUACUCGCAAGGAUUCUACGGUGUUGCAGAACUUGACUCUAGACAUCCGACCCGGAGAGACUGUUGCUCUAGUGGGCGCUAGUGGCUGUGGGAAGUCGACUGUUGUCAACCUGAUCCAGCGCUUCUAUGAUCCCCAGGCCGGCAAGAUCCUUGUCGAUGGAACUGAUGUCCGGGAUUUGAACCUCCACUGGCUGCGUGGCAAUAUUGGAGUCGUGUCCCAAGAACCGGUUCUCUUCGGGAUGUCUAUAGCUGAGAACAUAGCACUCGGCAGGCCAGCCAUCAGCUUGCAGCAGAUCGAAGCGGCGGCCAAGAUGGCUAAUGCUCACAGUUUUAUAGCAGCUUUACCGGACGGUUACAAAACUAUGGUUGGAGAACGGGGAGCCCAAUUAUCUGGAGGACAGAAGCAACGAGUGGCCAUCGCUAGAGCUCUCGUCAGAGAUCCCAGAAUUCUGCUGCUGGAUGAGGCCACGUCGGCCCUGGACUCCAAGAGUGAGGGGCUGGUGCAGGCAGCACUCGAUCAGGCUCGACAAGGCCGGACUACAGUGGUCGUCGCCCACCGGCUGUCCACCAUUCAAAAGGCAGACGUUAUCUUCGUCAUGGACAGGGGUCAGCUGGUAGAGACGGGAAAGCACAAAGACCUGAUGGAGAAGAGAGGCAUCUACUACAACUUGGUCAUGCUGCAGACCAUCAGUGAACAUGAAGAGCCAUAUGAGGAUCAAGUGCCUCAACUUCGUCAUAGAAUUCUAAGCAGUUCAAAACCCAUACCAUUAUCCCCAAAGGAAGCAAACGCCUUUGACCCCAAGUCAGCUUAUGUCUUCCCAGAUAAAGCCCAUACCUUUUCCCCGAGAAAGCCCAUGCCAUUGUCCACGAGAAAGCCCAUGCCAUUUUCCACCAGAAAGCCCAUGCCAUUGUCCACUUGGAAGCCCAUACUAUUGUCCACGAGGAAGCCCAUACUAUUGCCAGGCUUUCUGCGCAUGUUCAAGUCAAAUCUGAAGGAGUGGCCGUAUAUUUUAUUGGGCUGUACUAGUGCCGUGAUCAAUGGAGCUACCUUUCCCUUAUUUGCUUUGUUUUUCAGUGAAAUUAUCAAGACAUUUGGUCUGCGCGGUCAGGAGCUCUUGGAUAAGGGACUCCUCUGGAGCUUGAUGUUUGUGGCUAUGGGAGUGCUUGCUUUCUUUACAUAUCUGACCCAG